AAGUUGACAUGCCAAGGGAUACUUUGAAUUACUCACUCCAUCAGCCGUAAAAAACUUUAAUAUGUACCUUCUUCAAGGUUUUUAUCAUAAGUUUGACCCACUUAUCAUGCUGGCCUAAUUGUCUGCCAAAAAAUUUGUUUUUAUUUAGCACAGAACAAGCAGAAAAAUCUGUUCAAAUAUAAAUUUUCGGAUAAUAUAAAAUGGAUGUCUUUUGGUAUUGCUGUAAGUUAUACUAUUUGAAACAACAUGGUGGCAUUUGGUCGGGGUUUUUUUGGCAAAAAAGACUUCCAAUGCAUCUUUAAUGAAUAUUUCAUUAACUGUCUGCGGCAGACCAAAAUGCAAUGAUCUAAAGCUAGCAAUGCAAUUCCCAUGUUUCUUUCAGUCUAUUCAUACAGUAAAAUCAGGCUACAGGGCAUUUGUCCUUAUGUGUUUACAGUUUUGCUAUUUGCACAGUGUUAUAUUGCGUGGUCUGGAGGGUUGCCAGAGGGUCAAUUCACAUAGUCGAUACCUAUAAAAAGGGACUUUCCCAGUGCAUGAUAACCUUUGUGAAUAAGUCUGCUCAAUAGUGGCCUGAAAUUUGUUACUAAAAGGGAACUGCACUGACACACUGCACCAUUGGUUGACUAUCAAUAUAGGUCACCGAUAUUGAUUUUUUUUUUCGACUAACAGAGGAUGAGCUGUUGUUAGUGUUGUGUGUUGCAGGGUGCGUGUGUGUACUGCUCCCAAGUUGACUACGUUGCUGCUGCUGCUGUUGUUGUAUGUCUAUAUGUAGAAAUUUGUUUGCUACAGUGUAAACGGACUACACAGACAUCAAAAUGUGGAGGAAAGACUACAAAUUUAAUAGGGAAAAGCACAGGCGCUCGGUUAACCAAAGAGGUCAACGCUCAUUUUCCCCAUCAAGAAGGGCCAAUUUUACUCAGUUCCCCAAUUCAAGGGUAAACAGUUUACGAGCUCGUGCAAACCCCUGGUACAGACGAGGAAACUUUAGCAUGCCAAGACGCGGAUACACACACAGGUCUCGUAGGACAAGGUCCAAAUCUAGGUCAAGGUCAAGGACAAGGUCUAGAAGUAAAAGCCCAAGAAGAAAAAACCUAUCUUCCAGUUACAGACAUAGUUUGGAAAGAAGUACGGAAAAAAAUGAACAUUCUUCCCCAGGUAGACAAAAGUCAAGUGAAAGAAGUCAAAGUCGUGAUAAAGAAAGACGGUCUCUAGCAUCGCCACAAGGUGGAGCCACUAGGACAUCACCAGGUGGCACCACUGUCAGGUCUUCUCCAGGGUCUCAUUAUUCCCGGCAUUCUGCGUCCCAAGAGCGAGAUUUCCAUUCCAGUUCGAAGUCCCCAGAACAACAACAACAGCAUCGCAGGUUGGAGGAUGGUGUCAAGUACAUGAAGAAAAGCAGUGAUAGUCGAAAUGUCAGGACAAAUAGUGCAAGUUCGGCCAAUGGUUUAGAUGCAGAGGCGCUGACUGGGUCACCAUUGGUUCUUCAAACAGCCUCCAAGUUGAGUGAAGAAGAAAGUAGUGAUGGAUUGGCCUCAAAGCGUUCUCAGCAGUUUAACAUGGUGCUAAAACCUAAAGUCCCGCUGCAGAAAAUUAACAUUUUAGACACAGAUGCCCAGUCACCGCAAGAUGUUGGAAAAUGGAUUCAUGACAUCCGAAAGACUGCAGAGCCCUGUGGUGAUGGCUCUAGUAACAAAAAUGAAACAAACAGUGAAGUCCAGCAGUCGCCCAUUUCGUCUCUUGAUGCCAAACUGAAGGAAAGAAUGGGGUCCAGUAAAUUUAAGCCAUCUUUCACAGUCCAAAGUUCUGAUGAAAUGGGCCUUGCUGGUGAUGAGAAAACGGUCGAAGGUCAUCCAGGAUCGGAGGUGUCAAGGUCAGACGGAGGGAGUAGCAAACCAGCCAUGAUGUCAGGGAAAGAGUUGGGCAGGGGACAGGAUGUGAACAGUGCUACAAAGAGGAGGAGGGAUGAAGAGUUGCUUUCAGAGGAGAAGAGGAGGAAGAAACUUACCGAACCAUUUCAAAAAGUCGACUCUUCAGGUGAAGAUGAAUAUAAUCACAAAUACACCAAAGAUGUCGACUACAGAGUGGUAUGGAGUAGGCGACCCUUACCGCACACCAGCAGCUCUGAGAGGAAUGGCACUCAGGAACACUUAAUGGAGGCCUCAAUGUCAGAUACCGACCAAUCAGGGGGGAAUCGUUCCAAGGGCACUUCAAAGCCAUUGGUCAAUGGAGUUGGGAACCAUCUUGGGCUAACAGUGGAGAAUAUGAAAAUGCUGAUGGCCAAGAAGAAGGAAGUUGAGAAGGCAUAUAGACAGGACUGUGAGACAUUUGCUACAGUGGUGAAGAUGCUGAUCAGCAAAGACCAAAGUCUGGAGGAGCCAAUCCAGAGAAGUUUGAAGUUGAACCUGCAAGAGAUUGGUCAGCAUUGUAUUGAAGAAGUACAGCAUUAUAUUGAAGUGCUGCAAUCAUCUCAGCAACAACAACAGCAGUCCUCUGAGUAGGGCUGACAUGUGCCAUGUACCCUGAUGUACCACAUUCCAUGAUUGGCUAAAUCUCCAAUUCUGGGGACUUUAGGACCAUUCCCAGACCCUGUCGUACUAACUGUGGAUCAGUCUAUCUCCGAGGGGAUUCCUCCUAAGUUGCAAUCAACU